AUGUCCACUCGGUGGACGCAACAGGCGGGGCCUGCGAUAGACUUUGUUAUCACCACCACCGAAAGGUUCACCACCGCGCUUCGCCGCUUAGACUUAAUAGAGGUGACCACUGAAAAUGGUGAGUACACAGCACGUGCUGCAGCGCUCUUUCUGCUGGAGCUCGCCAAGCAGACCUUCCCUCGGACCGCUUUGCUGACGAUCGCAGCCGACUAUCACUGUCGACAAGGCCGAGCUCUACCGCCGCCUCGAGCGGGAGUACUGAGUUUGACGAGCUCUGCUUCGACUUCGACCACCGAGGAGGUCGAGGCCGCGCGCACGGCCGGUCUGCCUACUCCCCCGCCUCAGCUCAAGAUCGAGAUUCCGGCGAACCGCUACGACCUGCUGUGUCUCGAGGGUCUUGCCCGCUCUCUCCGCAUCUUCCUCGAGAAGGAGACUGCGCCGACGUACACGCUGGCGCAGCCGGCCAAGCUGCAGGAGCUGAUCAUUGAGCCGUCGACCUCGCCCCUGCGUCCCAUGGCUGCGGGAGCUGUGAUCCGUCUCGCGCGCCCCAUGAACGACAUGGAGUACGCUUCCUUCAUCGACCUGCAGGACAAGCUGCACCAGAACCUGUGCCGUAUGCGCAAGUUUGUGGCUAUUGGAACCCACGACCUGGACACGAUUGAGGGGCCCUUCAGGUACAUGUGCAAGGACCCGAAUGAGAUCAAGUUUGCCCCGCUGAACCGGGAAACUGAGCACACGGCGGCGGAGCUGAUGACGAUCUACGAGCAGGACAGGCACCUGUCCAAGUAUCUCGGCAUCAUCCGCGAUGCGCCGGCGUACCCGAUCAUCUACGACAAGAACGGACAGGUUCUUUCGAUGCCGCCGAUCAUCAACUCGGACCACUCCAAGAUUGUUGCUGGCAAGACGACCAACAUCUUUGUCGACACGACGGCGACUGACCAGACCAAGCUCGACAUUGUCGUUAUGCUGGUCGCGACCAUGUUCGCCGAGUACUGCAAGGUGCCCUUCGAGAUUGAGCCCGUGCGCGUUGUCAUGCCCGACGGCACCUCGCGCCUGACCCCCGACGUGUCGCCGCGCCUGACGCAGGCGUCGCUCGAGUACCUGAACGCCGCUACGGGACUGGAGCUUUCGCGCGAGGAGGCGUGCCGCCUGCUGACCAAGAUGUCGCUGAGCGCCACUCCCUCUACGACCGACCCGGAUGCGCUCGACGUUGCUGUCCCUUGCACGCGCUCGGACAUUCUGCACGAGUGCGACAUCAUGGAGGACCUGGCGAUUGCGUACGGCUAUAACAACCUGCCCACUGGAACCGCGAAGAGCAGCACGGUUGCCAAGCCGAAUCCGGUCAACAAGCUCGGCGACAUUCUCCGCCGCGAGGCCGCCAUGGCGGGAUGGACCGAGGCGCUGCCGUACAUUCUCUGCUCCUACGACGAGAACUACACCUGGCUCCUGCGCAAGGACCCUGGAGGCGAGGCGGUCCGUCUGGCGAACCCGAAGACGGUCGAGUUCCAGGUCGUGCGCACGACGCUCCUCCCAGGUCUGCUCAAGACGGUGCGCGAGAACAAGUCGCUCCCGCUCCCGCUCAAGGUGUUCGAGGUGUCGGACAUUUGCAAGCAGGACAUGAAGGAGGACCGCAAGGCGCGCAACGCGCGCCACAUGGCGGCCGUGUACACGGACAACCGGGCGGGCUUCGAGGUCGUCCACGGCCUGCUGGACCGGAUCAUGCAGAUCCUCGCCGUGCCCUUCAUCGAGAGCGCAAAGUCGGACAAGGAGUUUGGCUAUUACAUUGCCGAGGGCUCCAACCCGUCCUUCAUGCCCGGCCGCGCCGCCGACGUCUACCUCCGCCCCAAGCCGGGCAAGAGCACGCGCACGCAGGACAAGACAGGCGUCCUCGAGAACAUGACGGAUGCUCUCAAGAACGCCCUCCCCGGCCACGGACGCGACAUCUGUAUCGGAAACAUUGGCGUCCUCCACCCCCUCGUUCUCCAGAACUUUGACCUCACGCGUCCCGCCUCGGCGCUCGAGAUCAGCGUCGAGCACCUCCUCUAA